AUGAGAUUCUGCAGUAAACUCUUGUCAGAUGCCGUGGCUAUCAUGGUGACGGACAUGAGCAAGCCCAACUCCUGGAAGCAGGCUAUGAAGUGUCCGGUGGUGGGUGGGGGAGGCAUGCUGCUAGAACCCAUGCAGAGCCAGAGCCAGUAUGGGGAGGGCAGCCCAGGGUGUGUGAGGCACGGCCAUGGCCUUGUGGUGUUGCAUCUGCUCUCCAUCCUGCUCCUGGCGGAGCUUCUGGUGACUGUUCUCGUUCAAGGUUUUAAGGAUCCAAGCUCCUCAGCGAAUGAGAAAAUCUACAAGCAACUGAUGCAACUGGGGGUUGGAGUGGACAGCCUUUGCCGUCCUUGCCCCUGGGAAUGGACAUUCUUCCACAGAAGAUGUUAUUACUUCUCCAAAUCCCAGCGUAACUGGAAGGAUUCUGUUGCUGCUUGCCAGGAAGUGGAUGCUCAACUAGUCACUGUUGAGAGUGACGAAGAACAGACAUUCCUGGAUGUGUUCUUAAAGAAUAAAGACUCUGCCUGGAUGGGUCUCUCAGACCUGAAACGGGAAGGCACAUGGCAGUGGGUAGAUGGCUCACCUUUGUCAGACAGUUUCAGGAGGUAUUGGAAAAAAAGGGAACCUAACAACCUGGAUCAAGACUGUGCAGAGCUCACACUUGAAGGCUGGAAUGACAACAAAUGUGACAACAAGAAAUUCUGGAUCUGCAAAAAACUUGAAACUUCCUGCUCUAACAAGUGA